GAUUUUGAAUUAUCAAUUAUCGUUAUCAUUUAAAAAAAAAAGCGAUUUGAAUAAAAUAGAAAGUAAAUAAAAAUAUUUAUAGGUGGCGAUAAUAGUAAUAACGUUGUCGCGAUGUCACGGACGUACAAUUUGUUGACAGGACGCAAUUAUUUACCAGUUUUCAAGGCGGGAAAAGAGUUUGCGAGGUCUUAUGUUGCUAAUACGACAUUCGAGAGCGAAAAAUAUGUUGAGAGCGACGAAACAAAUGGGGUCAGAACGAUAACUCUGAGCCAUAAUGCCUCUAGAAAUUCUUUGUCUUUGGAAAUGAUGAAAAUUUUAACAUGGAAUUUAGACCGUGAUGCUGAUAAAGAAUCACUGAGAGCGAUUGUUAUUGCAGCAGCACCUGGAAAGAUAUUUUCAGCAGGCCAUAAUUUAAAAGAACUCACAACAGCAAAAGGUAACAAACAUCACUAUGAAGUAUUUGAAACUGCUUCAAAUUUAAUGAAAUCAAUAGCCAACUCACCUGUUCCUGUCAUUGCUGCCGUCGAUGGUCUAGCAGCAGCAGCCGGAUGUCAACUCGUCAGUUCUUGCGAUAUUGUUAUUUGUACCGAAAGAAGUACUUUUUCUACACCUGGAGCAAACUUCGGAAUCUUUUGUUCAACUCCAGGGAUACCAUUAGUACGUAACGUUCCUACAAAAGUAGCAUCACAUAUGUUGUAUACCGGCCUCCCUUUAUCUGCUCAGGAAGCUUACAAUGCUGGGCUUGUCAGCAAAGUCGUGUCUAAUGAUCAACUUUCUGAAGAGAUAAAAAAAACAACUGAUGCAAUCAAAGCCAAAAGCCGAUCGGUAGUACAGUUGGGAAAGAAAUUUUUGUUCGAACAACAAGAACUUGAUCUUUGCUCGGCUUACUACUACGGUACUGAAAUAAUGCUGCAGAAUUUGGAACUGAAAGACGCCCAGGAAGGAAUUAAAAGUUUUAUUGAAAAACGUAAACCUGUUUGGAGCAACAAGUUCGAUAAAGACGAAGAUAUUAAUUGAAUAUUAACGGAUUAACUUCUGGGUACAAAUUUUUCAAUCAGAAGUUUUCAAAAUAUUUUUUAAUACACGAAGUCUUACUGCCAAGGCUGUGAUAAUUGAAAUUAAUUAUAAAUAUUUAUUGUUAGUCUGUACAAAUAAUUAUCGCGAUUUGUUUAUUGGAAUUUCAAGUCCAUCAAACAAAGUUUAGAUUAAAAUUUAUUUUUCAACGAGAGAUUAAAAAAUAAUAAAAAUAUUCGAGAAGAUCGAGUGGGAAUUUAA